CAUUGUGUCAAGUCUUUACUAAUAUAUCUGUUUAGCCAUCGAAAUUGGGUACAAUUUGAUGAAAUUUAAAUAUCCUCACCCCCCAAACUGGCCGUCCAAAUAAAUCGAUGUUUCAAUUAAAUUCUUUUUGCAAGCUCAGAGAUCUUGAGAAUGCAGUGUGGAACCUCCAUUGCACGAAAAAUAUGUUGGAAAAGAGGAAAUGUUUCACAGCUAAACAACAUCGAGAUGAUUUACGCUGAGUAAAGCUCAGAUUUGAGGCCUUCAACCGGUGUGGAGUUCAUUGAGCGUAUGACUGAGUAGGCCUACAUAUCUCAUUGGUAUUGCAGGAUAUAAAGCCAAACCACGGCAAACAUCAUUUGUAAAUCGUAUGGCACUAGCAGGAAAGGGGAGAGUGUGGUAUUUUAGUAACCGUUAACCUCCAGGAAAUCCAUCCCAUAAAAUGAAGUGGCGAAAUCACCAUGUGAUUUGGCAGGGAUACACGGCUGCCAACCAAUCAGCUUUUUAGCUUGAUUUUGCACCAGUCAGUCUGAACAACCUCGUCCUUCACAAAAGCUGUUAUAAAUCACCCACGUUGGCCUGGCAGGAUUUGAUGCGAAAGAGCAUUGUGGGGAUCGUCGUAAGCCAACUUACAAAGGCAAAAUACAUUCCACAGAAAAGCGUGACUUCAUGAUCCGAGUUACUGUAAGGAAUUGAUCCACCUGCCUUGAUGAUGGUGAUGAUGAUGGCGGUCUCGACUGGGUCAUUACCACUGCUUAGGGCGGCUCAGUGGGUCUCCUUCCUCCUGCAUCUCUUUUACCUUAUUAACGCCCUACGGGAAACCGGCGCUCUGACACUAAACAAAUCCAAUGAUGAUCCACCGAUUGAACACAUUGACGUGAUAGAAGGAGAGACUUUGUCGAUGAACUGCUCCGUAUCGAAAGCAGAUCAGCGAGAUAAGGUUGUUUGGCAGAGGCUUGGUGAGUCCGACAUAAUCCUGACAAAAAACAAAAAAGUGAAAAUAAAGGACUCCCGUGUGUCCAUGGAAAUGUAUGAAGAUGCUAGCAAUUUCACGUAUAGAUUAACAAUACUAAACACGUCCACUUUGGACGACGGAAAGUACGUUUGCGUUGCUACGUGGAAGAAUAGCACUAGCGUGAGCUUCGGUAACGUGACGGUAUCGGUCAAGUUUUUCCCACGAGACAACCCUGUCUGUUCAAUAGAGAAUGACUAUCCUACGUGUGACACGGCUCAAGGCAACCCGCCAGUGACAAUGAACUGGACAACCCAUGGCACUGGACGAGUCCUGGAGGGCUCCACUCCAAAUCAUUACGUGGACGGCAAAGGAAGGGGUCAUCUGCGGAGCGAAAUCUGUACUCAGAAAGUGAAUCUGCGGAACCGGGUCCUGGUUUGCACCGUCUCUGGUACAGGGGUCUUCUCAGGAGUUAGGCGGAUCUGCUCCAUAUCAGUGGUGAAUCAGAGCACUGCGCCUGAAAACCUCACAGCCGUUGUGAUCCCGGUAAUCCUUGUGUCAACUUUCUUCGUGUUGGCGGUAGUUUUUCUCCAUCGGAAGAGGCACAGGAGAGGUAGAACUGCUGUCAAAAGGAAGUCAAAGACAAACUCGUGCGCACCGGUUGAACAUCUCCAGAACGCCGCCGUCGUCGUUCCGUACUCGGUUACCCACUGCCAGCUGCGGGUGCCAGUGGCAGCCGCAAGGUAUUCUGACUUUUCUGAGCACGAGCCAGUCAAUGUGCGCUCAGUGCAAGCACCAAGGGACACGUUGGAGGUGCAUCGAUACUCAACCAUCGGAUCUGCCUCUUACGACGUAUUGCCAGUCCGGAGAGGUAGUGCUAAGGAGCAUCGUCAAUCAGAUGUCCAGUACGAAACUGUCCAGCCAUGUUCAAGUGACAGUAAGCCUGAAUCUGAGACAGGAUCUCAUCCUUUUGACAAUGUUGACGGGGCAAAAAACAUUAUCUUCGUUAGUUGAGCGUGAAAGUCGAGCUUCAAAGGACAGUCUUGCAAUAGUCAAGCAUGCAUGCCCUAUUAUGUCCCAAACAGUUGUGACAGACGAUACCGAAUCGCAAGGAUCUUCGUUAGUGAAUUGUGAGUCUGAUGAAGGUAUGGUGAAUAAUCCCUUCUAUCAACCUUUCGAUACUUCGGCUACUUCGAGUACGUCAGGCAAAAAUCACUCAUAUUAAUGAGAAGUCAGAAACGUAAAGUUCCUUGGCUUGAAUCACAUCAAAUUCGUAGCCAAAUUUUGCUCAACUUGAAAUGAGUUUGAAAUUUUAUUUUUUUAAUUUGCAGGUCGGACACUUUUGUGGCCCCACGAAUUCGCGUUCGCUAUUUUGUUCAGUGCAAAUCUCUGUUGUACGAAAUUUGAUUCGAAAUCCAUGAAACAAGCCCAAUUAGGACUUAGUGAUCAUGUGGGGCAUGCAGUAGGGUGUCCACCGUGGGGGGGGGCAACUCCCCCCACACGAUUUUAAAUCACUAGUAAUACAAAAUGCUUAACUUUUCAAACAUGAGCACCAAACAAAACAAGACCAAGAACUAAAAGCAGGGCUGUCGGGCUGUAAGGCUUUUGAUAUUCCCCCAACAUCAUGUUGAAUGAGCUUGAAGCCACAUUCGCUUUUGAAUAUGCCCCUUUGACACCAAAAGCUGGAUACGCCACUGUGGACAUGGCUUUGCAGAACACAAACUGCAGACUGUGUUUGGAAAGAUAGACUGUACUGUAUAUGCAAUUGUAGGAAUUUAUUCUCCAUUCAAUUCAUAGGCUCUUUGUUCUUGUAAAUACUUGAAAUAUAACAGACAUUAUACGGCUAGAGACCAUGAAAUAAUUGGUACAGAUCAGAAUGUACAUAGAACAAAUUUGGCAAGUUGUUUAAUUAGUAAAUUACAUGUAUUAAAACGGAACUUUAAAACAAUGACAAAGCAAUUAUUGUGCUUCCGUUUGAAUUUAAUUAUGCAAUGUAUCAGUAACAUAUUGAGCGAUGUCGGGUUGCACAAUAUGCCUGUGACUCAUUAUACUUGCUGAAAGGAAUCUGGGCGCUGUUUAUCAUUUGAAAUGAAACAACCCAUUCAAAAGCAGGGCAAUGAUCACACAAAGUUGCUCUUCGUAAUACGGUCGUUUUAUACAGUGGGCCUCCAAGAGUUUGCAGCGCGUUGACCAAUUACAGUGCGCGAGAUCUGUCGACCCAAUGCG